AGUAAGAGAACAAAAAGGACUGACUGAAAGACAGCAUGGCAGGAAAGGCAUGCAACGUUCUGAUCACUGGGGCCAACCGUGGCCUGGGACUGGAGAUGGUCAAGCAGCUUCUGGAGAUGCCGUGUCCUAACCGGAAGAUCUUUGCCUGCUGCCGUGACCCCAGCGCUCCCAAGUCCCAGGGUCUGCAGGAGCUGGCCAAGAAGCACCCUGGAGUCAUUCAUGUUAUUCGCCUUGACACCACCGACCCACGCGGUGUGAAGGAGGCCGCCAAGCAGGUGGGCGCGAUCGUAGGCAAGAGUGGACUCAACCUGCUGGUGAACAACGCUGCUGUGCUGUUCAAUGGCACCAUGCAGACCACAGGAGUCAAGGAAAUGCAGGAUGCCUACAACACCAACAUCAUAGGGCCUAUGUUGGUCACCAAGGAGUUCCUUCCAUAUCUGUGUGAGGCGGCGAGGAGCAGUGGGAAGAUGGGGAUGUCCUGCAGCAGAGCGGCCGUGAUCAACAUCUCCACGACGCUGGCUUCCAUUUCAACCGUUCCUGAGAUGUUCUCUAACUUCCCUGCCACCCCCUACCGCGUUACCAAGGCCGGUCUGAACAUGUUGACAGUCUGUAACUCACUGGAAUUCAAGAAAGACGGGGUGCUGUUUACCCUCCUGCACCCGGGAUGGGUGCGCACGGACAUGGGGACACAAGCGGCUGACAUUGAUGCCCACGAGAGUGUUCGUGGUAUGCUCCGUGUCAUGGAUUCCCUGACGGAGAAACAUAACGGAGCUUUUCUGGACUACGAGGGGAAACCAAUGCCCUGGUGAUAAUGAAGACAUUAACAAAGUGUCAUGGCGUCAUAUGUUGCAACUUCAUCUGUCUGGUUACUGUCUAGCUCUGGCACCA